UCUGCCUCUCAGCAUGGAGCUAGGGAGGUGCACAAGCUACCCCAACUACUAUUUCUUCUCUCGUUUGAUCCAAGAGCAAAGAUGAACAGCUCCCUGGCUACCCUCGCCGUCUUCCUGGUUGCUGCUAUGUUCUUAUCCCAAGCUCAGGCUCAGUUUGACCCCAGGCUCUGUUGUUUUGACUAUGUAACCAGGCCUAUUCCACGGAAGAACCUGAAGUCCUAUGAAUAUACAAACGCCAGGUGUUCCAGGCAAGCUGUCAUAUUAAUCACACAUGUGAACCGACGGAUGUGUGCAGAUCCCAGUGAGCCAUGGGUCCAGGAUCGUGUAAAAUAUUUGUCCAAAAACUGACAACCUUCCACCUCCUUCAUACUCACCUGGAGAAGCCCCAAGAAGUCAACACUUUUAAAAUGCUUUGGAUAUGGGGGGAAAAAAAAAAGAACAUGCGUGACUCUUAUUCUGACCUUGCGCACUCCUAACUUAAACUUCAUUGAUGGAAGAUGAAAUAAUGUAUUUUAUUUAAAUUAUGGGCAGAUAUCUUAUGUAUUUUAUAUUAUUAUUUUUUAAAAGAAGUAGUUCAUUUUGUCUAAAGGGUCUGAAAAACAUUUGACAGAAACGUAAUGUAUGAAUAAAUCUCAGGGUUAUGGAAUCCAUACAUG